AAGGUACCUAAACAUGGCUUGACUUCUUUAAAGGAGUUAAUGCAUCAGAUUACAGACAGUUGUGUCUUUCUGUUGUAUGAACUCAACUCACCAAGUAAUUGGUGGCUGCAGAGGAAAGUUGGCAAGUAGGCAGGAAGUUUGCAUGUCAGACGCCUGUGGUUAGCCCCCUACUGCCCGCCUACACUUCCUUAGACAGGAAGCGCAGGCCAGGUAAACCGUGGUGUACAGCACCACACAGAAGGCAAGGCAAGGCAACUUUAUUUAUAUAAUGCAUUUCAUGCACUUGCGCAACUCAACAAGACGUGUCAAAACCGCAAACAUGAAGAAAGACUGUUACUGAGCAGAAGUCUGUCAAAUGAGGAGGGCACAAGCCCCGCCUGUGCUCUGAAAAUGUCUGAUGUCACUCGCUGACGCUAUGAAAAGUUAAGACCCUGGCGAGAAAGCUUCAUUUGCUCUCUGAGCAGGACAUUACUGGAGUCUCACAGAGGACACAAUAGAACAUGGGUUUGCUGUUGGUGAUGAUGAGCUGUGUGACAUCUCUUUCUGUGGUGAUUCUGCUCACAAAUCAAGGUGUGUGUGAUGAGGAGUGGAGUGUCACUUACCGGCCUGAGAGCACCUGUGCUUUUGUGGGGGAUUCAGUGACCAUGUCCUGCUCUUACACCCACCCCAGUGACCUGACUAUCACUGAAGUUUACUGGACAAAACAACUCGCUAAUGAUACUCUUCCUAUUCAUGAGGACCCAGAGUACAGCAACAGAAUCAGUGAGGAUUGUAAACAGGGAAAUAAAAGAUGUAAUUUACGUAUAGACUCAUUGACUAAAUUAGAUUUUGGUGAGUAUUACUGCAGGAUAACAACAAGCUAUGUAGGCCAGAACUGGACUGGAAGACCAGGGAUUUAUCUGGAUGUUAAAGACCCCCCACAGACAUCAGUGUCCAUCAGUCCCCAUGGUAACAUACAGGAAGGCACAGACGUGACUCUGACCUGCACCAGCACAUCUGAUCUACCAGUGAGGAGCUACAGCUGGCACAAGACUGGUAGCCGUGGAGCUCAGGGGACUGGAAAAACAUACACCAUCAAACACAUCACACCUGAAGACAUUGGACAAUAUUACUCUAUUUCAAAAUAUGAAUGUGGCUUCCUAUUCUCAUCUACUCAUCUCCAGGUUUUAUAUUCCCCAAAGCACACCACAGUAUUCACUACACCUUCAGGUGUGAUAACCAAGGGCAGUUCAGUGACUCUGACCUGCAGCAGUGAUGCCAACCCAACAGUGGAGAACUACACCUGGUUUAAGGUGAACGAGUCCACUCCAGUAGGAUCAGGACAGCAGUACAGCAUCACUAACAUCAGCUCUGAGGAUGGAGGACAGUACUACUGUGAGGCCAAGAAUACAUAUGGAGCUGAGGACUCUACUGCUGUGUCAAUCAUGGAAGGUAUCAGUGAUGGAGGACAGUACUACUGUGAGACGAGGAAUACAUAUGGAGUUGGGAACUCAUCUAUUGUGUCAGUCAUAGUUGAAGCAGGAGAGCAGAGUCCUGCAAUGACUGCUGUGAUAACAGUCUCUGUCUGUGGACUACUGGGUCUCUUCUGUGGGGUUUUCUGGCUGAGCAAGAAAUGCAAGAAAGAGAUGUUGGCAAAAGGAAGGAAUGAACAGGUUGGCUAUUUCUGUCUUCUUUGUAAGGAUGCCGGUGAUUCUGUUGGCAAUACCCAAACGGAGAACCCUAACACCAUCCAGAUGACUUCAGCUGGCCAGAGUCUGAAAACCAACACCAUGCAACCUGAUGCAGUUUAUCAAGGCCUGGAUCCCAACACCAUCCAACCUGAUGCAGUUUAUCAAGGCCUGGAUCCCAACACCACACAACCUGAUGCAGUUUAUCAGAACCUGAACCCCAACACCACCAAACCUGAUGCCGUUUAUCAAGGCCUGGACCCCAACACCAUCCAACCUGAUGCAGUUUAUCAGAGCCUGAACCCCAACACCACCCAACCUGAUGCAGUUUAUCAGAGCCUGGACCCCAACACCACCCAACCUGAUGCAGUUUAUCAGAGUCUAAACCCCAACACCAACCAACCUGAUGCAGUUUACCAGAGCCUGAACCCCAACACCACCUAACCUGAGCAAGUCUACCAAACCCUAAAGAAAAAUACCUCUAAAUCUCGUUCUGUCAUCCUCAUCCACAAAUGCACAAUUCCCAUAACAUGAUUGUGUAAGAAAAAAUAUAAGAGCUCAGUCCUGAAGCAUGACUGCACCCAUUUUGUUGAGAAACAUGUUUUAGCUCAUUGCUAUGGAUUCUAAUACAGGUUUGUAAAGAGUAGAAAUAGUUUUUUUUCUGUUGUUUUGUUUGAAUAAUUCAGUUGACAGUAU